ACCUUGCGCGCCUUUCCGGCUUACUUUCUCCCGAUACAAAAAAGAAACGCACCGUUUCUGCCUACCUGAUCCGCUCCGUGAAUACGAAAAGGAGUUAGUUGCCCAUGUGACAUGUCCGUUUCCCAACAGCCUACCUUCCAGUCUGCUCAAUUCCAUCCCCAUCUCCGCCGUAUCUCCAUCCACGCCAUCACAACUCCCAACUCCCAACCCCCCACCGCGCCCAACGCGCAUGCGUGCUUGGUGGAAGAAACAGCACCCCCAUCCGCACCACUAACCUCACCAAACACCUAGCAAGCCCCAGCUCUCUGCUCCCAACGUCAUCCACAUGGAAUCUCAGCGCGCACCUACCUCUCUAAU